AUGGCUCCAACUUCAAGGUGGUCUAAACGCAAGGAUGCAAAACCGUGGCCGAAAAUGUCUUCAACUUUCUGGGCUGUGGUACUGCUGACCAGUCUACUUAUCAUCUACUGUGCUCAGUUGGCGGCUGGCACCUGUGAGAUCGUCACCUUUGACAAAGACAGUCUGCCGCGGAGGACCAUCGCCAGGCAGACGGCGAGGUGUGCCUGCAAGAAGGGACAGAUCGCCGGGACCACAAGAGCCAGGCCGGCAUGUGUGGACGCUCGUAUUGUGAGGACCAAACAGUGGUGUGAGAUGAUCCCCUGCCUGGAGGACGAAGGCUGUGACCUGCUAGUAAAUAAAUCGGGCUGGACUUGUACGCAACCAGGAGGCCGGGUCAAAACCACUACAGCUCUAUGACUUGACGGGAGUCCCACUCCACUCCAGAACCCACCUCCUCUCCUCCCCCAAACAUGGCGGAUCACACUGCUGAACCUGACUGACA